UUUGUGGUACAUUUUCUGGUAGCAGAGCGUGGUUACUUUUUACAUUUAUCUCGUAUUAUAACUUUUAUAUAUCCAUCCAUACGGUAAUUAGCCGCUCCGGUCGGUGUGACAUAUUGUGAUUGGGUUUUUUUUUCUCUGGUGUCUAUAUAAUUUCGUCAUUUUGUUAGCUUAUCAUUAGUAUAUAGAAUCUAUCAUAUUAUUAUCUAUCUCCUCGUUAUCGAUUGUCGAUAGUGAACAGACACCGGUUCUUGGUGUCACGUACGACGCACUUAUACGUAUAGUAUUAUAUCGCGUAUAUUUAUUAUUAUAUUAUAUCUAUAUUUUCCUAGUUCAUCUUUCUGUUGUAUAACAAAUCUUUACGAUGGACGAUCAGGAGGCCCGCCGUAUUAACCGCACGCUUAAAAAGGCCACCUUGCGUCGUAAUGAGUGUAUUAAAAAUAUACGCGCGAUACACGCGCUCGCGCAGCGUUGCAUUGAGGAGGAGGACUUAGUUCCCCAAUUGGUAGUUCUUUUAGCUGAAAUCAAAGAGUUAUGGACAGCGUUCACAGCGGAGAGUAAUACGGUUAUUGAUUGUUUAGUGGAUUUAGAUCGAGAUUCCGAGUAUUCUGUUGAUCAGGUAGCAGAGUUACGUGAAAUGAUAUCGUAUUCCCGCGCUACAGCUGAUCGCUACCUCACAAAUCAACAUAGUGCUGAGAGGUCAUUGCGUAAAGGGUCUGUCACGUCCCACGUAGAUUAUGGGUCCGCGAAUGAGUCUAUCCCUGAGGGGGAUAACAUUGUAUUUAACCCCCCCAAUAGUAAUGCUGAUGCUGUACUUAAUAGCUCACGUGGGGUACAGGGGGCAAAUGUUCCGGUUGAAAAUGAAAAUGUAUGUGUACGUAAUGUGUCUAACUUAAAACUUGCACGAUUGCCGGAAAUUCCGUUGCCCAUAUUUCACGGUGAUAUUUUCAAGUGGUUGACCUUCCGAGACCGUUUUAUCUCUAUGGUCGACCAGCGCCCCAAUAUUACAGAUAUAGACAAGUUCUAUUACUUAACAGGUUGUUUGCGAGACAACGCGCUAGAGGCGAUAGCCGGCAUACCGGUAUGCGGCAGCAAUUAUCAACUCGCGUGGUCUACAUUGAUAGCGCGAUUCGAUAAACCGCGGCUAGUAGCGUCUUCACUUAUCGAACAACUAUUAAACGCACCUAAAUUCGCAAAUGAAACGCUAGUUGAUUUAAACAAAUUUUUAUUGGUCUUUGACGAGGGGGUUUCAGUACUUGAGUCAAUGAAACUUCCGAACCUGGGUGACUUUAUUUUAUUUUCUUUGGCAUCGCGGUGCUUACCGUCGUAUUCAAUUAAGCUUUUUGAAGCUCAGCUCGCAAGUGGAUUUCCAACUGUUAGAGACUUAUUGUUCUUUGUAAAGUCUCGUGUUAAUAUAUUGGAGUGUGUACCCAGUGCGCCGCGUGAGUCCGUUCACAAACCAUCAAAACAGUCCGCUUCUCAAAAUUCGUAUGUCACCCCAAAACAUUAUAAUUCCGGCCCUAAUAAUUUUAAAAAGCCACAGUCCACAUCGUUAAUGACCAGCACAGGGACAUCAAAAUCGAAUGUUUCGUGUCCAGUCUGCAAGGGGUCGCAUAUAGUAUCGAAAUGCAACAAAUUUACGGGAUGGUCCGCAGACGUUCGGGAAAAAUGGGUGCGUGAAAAUCGGUGUUGUUUUCGGUGCCUACGCGUGGGCCAUUGGGCCCCGGAGUGUAAGUCCCCUGUGCAAUGCACUAACUGCCCUCGCAGACAUCAUCCACUGUUACAUACUUCGAACACGGUUAUUAGUGAUAGGGACAGUAACCCAACAUAUAGUAGUCAGUUGAACCGCGAAGAAACCACGGCACAAUCGUCUCUUCUCGGCAGUAAUGCGCAAAAUUCAUCGUCCGUCGUUCUUGGGACCGCGCUAAUUCAUAUCCGCGACUGUGGCGGUAUGUUGCACACUAAGCGCGCUUUGGUUGAUUCUGCAUCCCAGAUAAGCGCGAUCACCGUGGACUGCGCCGCCCAAUUGGGUUUAAGAGUAUCUCGUUGGACCGCCCCUAUUUCGGGUUUGUCCGGUACAUCAGUACAGGACGUUAGGGGGCAGGUAAAUUGUAACAUACAGCCUAGAUUUGCGACUAACCCGACCUUCAAUUUCACAGCGUGGGUAUUCCCCACUAUUACAGCUCAAAUGCCCAGCCAACCGAUAUCUGAUCAGGUGGCAGAUAAGUACCAAAAUCUCGCACUCGCUGACCCCUCAUUUACUUUGCCAAAUAAGAUUGAUUUACUGCUCGGCGCGGAUCUAUUUGCGCGCAUAUUAAAUGGCAAACGCGUGUCGGUAGGCGAUGCCUAUCCGGUGGCAUUCGGGUCCGUUUUCGGCUGGAUCAUAAUCGGCCCAGUUCCACUGUCGAAAAAUCCUAUAUCCAGUUCACACUUAAUUUCGUUGGUCUCCUCAAUCGAAUGUCUUAUGGAUAAUUUCUGGCGCGUAGAGGAACCAGAAACACCCCCUAAUGACUUUACGUGUGACGGGCAGUGUGAAGUAAUGUUCCGUAAAAAAUAUUCGCGAGAUAAUUCCGGACGUUAUGUAGUUCCUUUAUUAUUUCGCCAACCGGUGGCAGACACCACCUUUGCAGGUUCGCGUACGGUAGCGCUCAAACGGUUUGAGUCACUUGAACGCAAGCUCGCGUCCGACAGCCGCCUACGGGAGGCGUAUUGUAAUUUCAUGGCAGAGUACAUCUCGUUAGGUCACAUGUCUUUAGCAAAAACCGAGGGGUUAUACUUUAUCCCCCACCAUGCGGUGUUCAAGUCUUCUGACGUCGAAGCGAAAAUUCGCGUUGUAUUUGAUGCAUCUGCGCAAUCAUGUGCGAGCGCUUCGCUCAAUCAGUGCUUAUUCUCGGGUCCCAAACUGCAACAGGACGUGAUAGAUGUUCUCGUAUUAUUUCGCCUAUCGCGUCAUGCAUUUACGGCAGAUAUAAACAAAAUGUACCGACAAAUUUUAGUGGACCCUGAACACAGACGUUAUCAGCACAUUUUAUGGCGCGCAUCCCCGCAAGAUGCACUCGAAGAAUACGAGCUAAAUACCGUUACAUACGGGGUAAACUGUGCCCCUUUCCUCGCCAUUCGGGUUCUCCACCAUAUCGCCAAACAUGAUUGUACUGAUGUCCCCGCUGUUCGUGACGCGUUAUUAUUCAGUACAUAUGUAGAUGACAUUUGUGUCGGAGGGGAUACUGUAACCGAGGCGCUCUCACUUCAGCGUGAUUUAAUAACCAUAUUAAAACAGUCCGGUAUGAGUCUAAAAAAAUGGUCGAGCAACACCAUCGAGGUAUUACAACAGGUGCCCUCUGAGGAUCAAGCAUGCGGGUUAUUAUCAUUUGAUGAUGAAACUGGUGGGGGUACUAAAGUUUUGGGACUCCAAUGGUCGCAACGGGAUGACACUUUUAGAUAUGCCUGUCAGUCCGAAAACCUAAUAACAACUAAGCGAGGCAUGUUAUCAUUAAUUGCGCGCAUAUUUGACCCGCUCGGCUUAUUGGCGCCCGUAAUAUUUUUAGCAAAACAUUUAAUGCAGCGCGUGUGGCAACUCGGUAUUUCUUGGGAUGAACAGCUGCCCCCCGAAAUACUUGACGUAUGGAAUAAGUUUGUGGCGGAUCUCCCGAUUUUACAAAAACUAAACAUUCCGCGAUUUAUUGGUACUCAUUCCGGUAUCCAAGGUCACUUAUGCGGGUUUUGUGACGCGUCUGAAAAGGGUUUUUCGGCCGUCGUAUAUUUAAGACUUCGCAGUCGUUCUGGACCAGUAAUUUCUUUGUUAGGUGCAAAAACGAAGAUGGCUCCAACUAAGGCCUCAACGAUUCCACGGUUGGAACUUUGUGCCGCCGUUUUGUUAGCUCGUUGGAUGGCCCGGCUUAAAUUCACCCUUGAGCGCAAAAUUAAAAUUACUCAAAGUUAUGCCUGGUCAGACUCGACUACCGUGUUAAGCUGGCUUAAAUUACCUCAUGAUAGCUUUAAAAUUUUUGUGUCAAAUCGGGUACACAAAGUGACGACGUUGCUCCCCGCCUGCAAUUGGAAUUAUAUACCAUCGACUAGUAACCCUGCAGAUUGUGCGUCACGUGGUAUUUUCCCUGCUGAGCUAGUAAACCAUGAACUAUACUGGGGUGGGCCGGACGUUUUAUAUCGUGAUGAAACUGAAUGGUUGACGUUAGGUCCGAAGUUACUCACUGACGGUUUACCGGAGAUGAAAACCUCUCCAUUAACGACGCUUAUCACCAAUAAUAAGGAACCUCCCGAACCUGAGUGGUACGUGCGGUUCUCGUCUUACAUUCAUAUGAUUCGUGUUAUCGCUCGUAUGUAUAGGUUUAUCAAUGGCUGUAGACGUCUAGCGCAUAAAACCGAUUUUUUAUCACGUACUGAAUUGGACCACGCCGCCGUGGUCGUUGUAAAAUGUUCUCAACGAAUCGCAUUUGGCAAAUUGUUUCACGAUCUCUCAAACAAUCUUCCGAUAAGCGUCAAACCAGUGGCACGUCUUCGUCCGUUUAUAGAUCCCCGCGGGUUAAUUUGUGUAGGCGGCCGUUUGUUAAAUGCCGAUAUACCUAAUACACAGAAACACCCGAUUUUAUUAAGCAAAUCAUCCCACAUAUCGUUUUUAUUGAUUCGCCAUUGGCACGAUAUCACCGGUCAUGGGGGGCCGAGAAUUCUGACAUCUCUUAUUAACCGUUCAUACUGGAUUCUAUCGCUUAAUACCCUUAUCAGAACCGUUCUUAACAAAUGCCUCACUUGCGUCCGUUUAGUGUCCGUCAAUCCACAACCGGUCAUGUCCGAUCUCCCUACAUCUCGUGUGACAGAGUGCCAUCCGUUCUCGCGGGUCGGUAUUGAUUUCGCUGGUCCCUUAGUGAUGACCGAACACCGGUUGCGUAAGGCCCGUCAAUACAAGGUGUAUAUAGCUGUAUUUGUUUGUUUCGUGGUAAAAGCAGUUCACCUUGAAUAUGUGUCGGAUCUAACGACAGACGCAUUUCUGGCAGCCUUACAACGUUUUGUUGCUCGUCGUGGUCUCCCUACCGACAUUUAUACCGACUGCGGCACUAAUUUUGUGGGAGCCUCAAACUUAUUACGUACGUUGGUUGACGAUCCCAGCUGUAAAGAUCGUCUGGUUGCUAAAUUCCACUGUACGUGGCAUUUUAACCCACCCGGGGCGCCCCACUUCGGGGGAUUAUGGGAGGCGGCCGUGCGAUCUGCCAAAAACCUGAUGGUACGAAUAAUGGGAGAACAUAAGUUUACGCUUGAGGAACUUUGCACAUUAUUGUGCCGUAUAGAGGCUAUUCUUAAUUCGCGUCCCUUGGUACCACUUUCGUCGGACCCAUCUGAGUACGACUGUCUCACACCCGGUCAUUUUUUAAUAGGCCGUCCGUUACUUUCGGUUCCUGACGUGCACGCAGUUGACACGGCACGCCCAUUAGUCCAGCGCUGGAAGUUGCUUAACCAAUCCACCCAAUCAUUUUGGCGCCACUGGCACAACGGAUACCUAAACUCGUUGCAAACGCGUAAUCGUUGGACACACGAUGUGACCAAUCUUGCAGUCAAUGACAUGGUUGUUGUUAAAGAGCCAAAUGUACCACCGCUACGUUGGCGCAUGGCGCGUGUUGAACAAGUGUUUCCCGGAACGGAUGGUGUAGUGCGUGUAGUCAACUUGCGUACCGCAACUGGCACACUUACACGUCCGGUGGUAAAGGUUGUAAAACUACCAAGUUAAAAUAUAUAUAUAUAUAUAUAUAUAUAGUUCAUCUUUGCACUUACGUUGCAAUAUGUCAUGCCCGGUGUUACUGAUUACUCUAUAUACAUUCGCUAUGCGAUCAAUUAAUGUACCUUAGGUCCUAUGGGUAUCAGACAUAAAGGACGCGUAUAGCUAUAUUAUUUAAAUUUUCUAAUAUUUAUUG